AGUGCGCUCGGCGCGCGUAGAGCCCCGCGAGCCCCAGCCGGGCCCGGGGCCGGGCGGGCCGAGGCGGCGGCCGGGGAGCAGCCGCACCCGCCAAACUUUGGGGGGCCGGAGCGCGCGCGCGCCCGAGCCCCGAGGCGCAGCGGCCGGCCCGGGAUGGGGGCUGCGGGCCAGGGAGCCCCGGGCCGCCCAGCGAGCCCGGCCACCCGCCCGGGGGGCUCCGAGCCGCCUCUGCCCGCGUCCCGGGCUCCGCAGCCCCGCCACCCCGGCGCCGCCUGCGCCAGCGCCCGCUAGCCAGCCCGGGAGCAGCUGGAGCCGCCGGAGCCCUGCGCCUGGAGGCGCCCCUCCUUGGGCCACCGGGGGCCACUCUUCGCUCGGGUAAACAGGAAAGGAAAUACCCCUUGUGGAUUAAAAUUAAAAAAAAUUCUGUUGGGGGCGAAGGAGGGAGGUGGGGUUUGCCUGCGCUCGCGUUGGACUCCGGAGAGCAACUCAGGAGCCCGCGCGGUCGUCGCCUCCCGGCCUGGCCAUGGACUGGCGGGAGGAGGGAGCAGGGCGCCCGGGCUGCUCGGGCCCCUAGCCGGGCGCUCCCUCGCCACCGGCCCCGCUGCGGGCCUCUAGGGGACUGAGACGGUCUCUUGUUCGCCUGGACGGCGCCGGGGAGCGGAGGAUCUGCGCUCCGGGUCUCCAGGAUGUGCCCGUCUGAGAUGGGGACGCUGUGGCACCACUGGUCGCCUGUACUCAUCAGCCUGGCCGCCCUGUUUUCCAAAGUGACGGAAGGUCGAGGGAUCCUUGAGAGCAUCCAGAGGUUUUCCUUGCUGCCCACCUACCUCCCCGUGACCUACCACAUCAACAACGCGGACGUCUCCUUCUUCCUGAAGGAGGCCAACCAGGAUAUCAUGAGGAACUCCAGCCUGCAGUCCCGGGUGGAGUCAUUUCUGAUUUACAAAUCCAGGAGGCUGCCUGUCCUCAAUGCCAGCUACGGGCCUUUCUCCAUCGAGCAAGUGGUGCCCCAGGAUUUAAUGCUACCGUCCAACCCAUUUGGAUUCACCAACAAAUUUUCUCUUAACUGGAAACUAAAAGCCCACAUCCUGCGGGACAAAGUCUACCUGAGCCGGCCCAAAGUGCAGGUUCUUUUCCACAUCGUGGGCAGAGACUGGGAUGACCGCAGCGCCGGGGAGAAGCUGCCGUGCCUGAGGGUCUUUGCUUUCCGAGAGACCCGAGAGGUGCGGGGCAGCUGCCGGCUGCAGGGGGACCUGGGGCUGUGCGUGGCCGAGCUGGAGCUCCUGUCCAGCUGGUUCAGCCCCCCCACGGUGGUUGCCGGGAGGAAGAAGUCCGUGGACCAGCCGGAGGGGACCCCCGUGGAGCUCUACUACACCGUGCACCCAGGGGGUGAGAGAGGGGACUGCGUCAGGGAAGAUGCGAGGAGAAGCAAUGGGAUCCGGACAGGCCACAGUGACAUCGAUGAGUCCGGGCCCCCCUUGCAGAGGAUCGGGAGCAUCUUCCUUUAUCAGACACACAGGAAACCCUCCCUGAGAGAACUGCGUCUGGACAACAGCGUGGCCAUCCACUAUAUACCAAAGGCCGUGAGGAAAGGAGACGUGCUGACUUUUCCUGUUUCCAUCUCCAGAAAUUCCACUGAAGAUCGCUUCACGUUGAGGGCAAAGGUGAAGAAAGGCGUGAACAUCAUCGGCGUGCGAGCCAGCAGCCCUUCCAUUUGGGAUGUCAAGGAGCGCACGGAUUAUACUGGAAAGUAUGCACCAGCUGUCAUCGUUUGUCAGAAGAAAGCAGCUGGCUCAGAAAACAGUGCGGAUGGCGCCUCCUACGAGGUCAUGCAGAUCGAUGUGGAGGUGGAAGAGCCCGGUGACCUGCCAGCCACACAGCUGGUCACGUGGCAGGUCGAGUACCCCGGAGAGAUCACGUCUGACUUGGGAGUGUCCAAGAUCUAUGUGAGCCCAAAGGACCUGAUUGGAGUUGUGCCGCUGGCUAUGGAGGCAGAAAUCCUGAACACAGCCAUCCUCACGGGGAAGACGGUGGCCGUCCCGGUGAAAGUGGUCUCCGUGGAGGACGACAGCACAGUGACAGAGCUGCUGGAGUCUGUGGAGUGUAGAUCGUCUGAUGAAGACGUGAUUAAGGUUUCUGACAGAUGUGACUACGUCUUUGUCAAUGGGAAAGAAAUGAAAGGCAAGGUCAACGUGGUGGUGAACUUCACCUACCAGCACCUGAGCAGCCCCCUGGAGAUGACGGUGUGGGUGCCCCGGCUCCCGCUGCAGAUCGAGGUCUCUGACACCGAGCUCAAUCAGAUCAAGGGUUGGAGAGUGCCCAUCGUCUCCAGCAGGAGGCCUGCCGGGGACAGUGAAGAGGAGGAGGAGGAUGAGCGGAGGGGCCGCGGCUGCACCCUGCAGUACCAGCACGCCAUGGUGCGGGUCCUGACGCAGUUUGUGGCUGAGGCGGCCGGCCCUGGGGGACACCUGGCCCACCUGCUGGGCUCAGACUGGCAAGUGGACAUCACGGAGCUGAUAAAUGACUUCAUGCAGGUGGAGGAGCCCAGGAUUGCCAAGCUGCAAGGCGGACAGAUCCUGAUGGGGCAGGAGCUUGGGAUGACCACCAUUCAGAUCCUGUCUCCUCUGUCAGACACCAUCCUCGCUGAAAAGACCAUCACUGUGCUGGACGAGAAGGUGACCAUCACAGACCUCGGGGUGCAGCUGGUAACAGGGCUGUCACUCUCCUUGCAGCUCAGCCCAGGAAGCAACAGGGCCAUCUUUGCCACUGCAGUGGCUCAGGAACUUCUGCAGAGGCCAAAACAGGAAGCAGCCAUCAGUUGCUGGGUCCAGUUCAGUGAUGGCUCAGUCACACCCUUGGAUAUUUACGAUGGGAAAGACUUCUCCUUGAUGGCCACAUCUUUGGAUGAGAAGGUAGUCUCCAUCCACCAAGACCCCAAAUUCAAGUGGCCUAUCAUUGCUGCAGAAACAGAAGGACAAGGCGCCCUGGUCAAGGUGGAAAUGGUUAUUAGUGAAUCCUGCCAGAAAUCCAAGCGGAAGAGCGUGUUAGCUGUUGGAACGGCAAACAUCAAAGUUAAAUUUGGCCAAAACGAUGCUAACCCCAACACCAGUGACAGCAGAUACACAGGGACAGGGGUUCACAUGGAAAACAAUGUCAGUGACAGAAGGCCCAAAAAACCCGUGCAGGAAUGGGGGAGUCAGGAAGGACAGUACUAUGGCAGUUCUUCCAUGGGACUCAUGGAGGGACGGGGCACCACGACAGACAGGUCCAUCCUGCAGAAGAAGAAAGACCAGGAAAGCCUUUUAGAUGACAACAGCCACUUGCAGACCAUCCCCAGCGACCUCACCAGCUUCCCAGCCCAGGUGGACCUCCCCAGAAGCAAUGGGGAAAUGGAUGGGAAUGACCUUAUGCAGGCAUCCAAAGGGCUGAGCGACUUAGAAAUUGGGAUGUAUGCUUUGUUGGGAGUCUUCUGUUUGGCCAUUUUGGUCUUCUUGAUAAACUGUGUGACCUUUGCAUUAAAAUACAGACACAAACAGGUUCCCUUCGAGGAGCAGGAAGGGAUGAGUCACUCUCAUGACUGGGUUGGGUUAAGCAACCGGACAGAGCUGUUGGAGAAUCACAUCAACUUUGCCUCCUCGCAAGAUGAGCAAAUCACUGCCAUUGACAGGGGCAUGGAUUUCGAGGAAAGUAAAUAUCUCCUCAGCACAAACUCCCAAAAAAGCAUCAAUGGGCAGCUGUUCAAACCUUUGGGACCCAUCAUCAUUGAUGGGAAAGAUCAGAAAAGUGAGCCCCCAACAUCCCCUACCUCAAAAAGGAAAAGGGUAAAAUUUACCACCUUCACCGCCGUCUCCUCAGACGACGAGUACCCCACCAGGAACUCCAUCGUGAUGAGUAGCGAGGAUGACAUUAAGUGGGUCUGCCAGGAUCUGGACCCUGGGGACUGCAAAGAGCUGCACAACUACAUGGAGAGGUUACAUGAAAAUGUGUAAGCCAGACACACACAGACAUUGGUUCUCACUCACCUUUC